GAACAUGGGAGAGGUGUGUGAUGUGAAGGGAAAGGAAUCAAACAAAAGAAAUGGGGUGGACCUCUCCCCACACCCCCAUUCUAUUGAGACAAAAGAAAAUAAUCACUCCCUCCUCCCUCAUCCCUGCGGCCAGAACCCAAGCAAGAAGCAAAGAAGAAAUUUCCAUCCUUAUUCUCCAUUGUUGAAGAAAGCUCCAACAAGAGGGAAGCUCUAGGGAUAAAUUUAAGCUCCAAAGGGUACAAAACUUGAGGAAAAACUAGGAACUUGAUUUAGAGUAUCUUUGAGCUUCGUCGGAGUUUCGCCGGAGUUGGUCAAAGUUGGCCGGAGUUGGUCAAAGUUCGCCAAAGUUCAAUCGGGAAACGUAGAUCGCGCCUAAGCUCACUUAAGUUUCAGGUAGAACUUGAAGGUUGCUACCAGUGCCGUUGCUCCGGGAGAAUUUAGGAGAAGAAGACGUGGUCUCAGGGUGAGACGGUAUCUGCGGUUAUUGUCAAGGUCCAUUAAUGCUGGUGCUCCCCUCAGCUAACAAAGUGCUCACUCUUUUAUUGUCAGGAAAAGAAUGUACAAAAUCUGCCCAUCUCCUGCUCUGGGUUUGUCUUCUUUAGGCUAUUGCCUACCCGACUGAGCAAUAGCCUUCCACCGAGAAAAGGAGUUCAAAUUUCAGAGAAGUGUUAGGUAUUUACCGAAUACACAAACGAACAGACAUUUUCUGCUAUGGGUCUUUUUUACGCAUUCUCUUCAUCAUCUCUUCCACGUCUUGGAAGAAUAUAAUCCCGCUUCAGGGUGUCAAUAUCAAGGAAACAGAGGAAUGGAGCAUCUUCUUCGCCUGAUUCUGCUACUUCUCUGCUCAACCAUUUUGAUUUUUCAUCUCACAAACAACGUUUUAGCUGACGCUGGAUCCGACCCUCCACUUUAUCCUCCGCUAUAUUCAUCACCAGCAAGAUUCUCUCCAGAGGAUAUUUCAAGUAAAAAACACCAUAUGGGUCCGAAUAGGAAAUUGCUCAUAUCACUGUGCGCUGCUGCUUCUGCACUGUGCACUAGCAUAUUGCUCAUGGGGUGCUUCUGGAUUUAUCAUAGAAAGAAAAUUCCAAAAUCUCACAAGGAUGGCAUUCAUGGUCCAGAUAAUGGGAAUGGUCCUCUAUUUUCGGCAUACAUUGGCAAACACAACUCCUCCAAGUCAAAUUCCUGGAAACAACAUGAUGUUGCUUUGUGGGAAUACAGUAUCCUUGAAUCAGCUACAAACAGUUUUCAAGAGAGUGAGAUCUUAGGUGGAGGGGGGUUCGGAGCGGUGUACAAGGGAAAAGUAGAAGAUAACCUUUAUGUAGCUGUGAAGAGGCUGGUAGUUGGAGGACAAGAUUCAAUACAAACAUUUGAGACUGAGAUAGAGGUAUUGAGUGCAAUCCAGCAUCCAAAUAUAAUUUCAUUGUUGGGAUAUAGCAUUCAUGCUGAAACGAGGCUGCUUGUUUAUGAAUUAAUGCCAAAUGGAUCUCUGGAAAGCCAACUACAUGGACCUUCUCAGGGAUCAGCAUUAACAUGGAAUCGUAGAAUGAAAAUUGCCCUUGAUACCGCAAGAGGAUUAGAAUAUUUACAUGAACACUGCAAACCAAAAGUCAUCCAUAGAGAUCUGAAAUCCUCUAAUAUUCUUCUAGAUGCCAACUUCAAUGCCAAGCUUUCAGAUUUUGGUCUUGCUGUAAGACAUAAAGCUCAUAACAAAAGCAAUAUUAAGCUUUCGGGAACCGUUGGAUAUGUAGCUCCAGAGUACCUAUUAGAUGGAAUACUAACAGAUAAAAGUGAUGUGUAUGGCUUUGGAGUUGUACUUUUGGAGCUUCUACUAGGAAGAAGGCCAGUGGAGAAAUUGGCACCAGCUCAGUGCCAGUCUAUUGUCACAUGGGCCAUGCCUCAGCUAACGGACAGAUCAAAGCUUCCCAACAUUGUUGAUCCUGUUAUUCGAGAUUCAAUGGACAUUAAGCACCUAUGUCAGGUUGCUGCGGUUGCUGUACUGUGUGUUCAACCGGAGCCAAGUUAUCGCCCAUUAAUAGCAGAUGUGCUACAUUCUCUUAUACCCCUGGUUCCCGUCCAUCUUGGUGGGACCCUAAGUGUUUCUCAGCAAGCACCUUAGUUCUGCAGCUGUCAUGCCUUCUGGGGACUGAUUUUUGAUUAUUGUCCACGGAACACUUCCUCAGUUAUCCCCCCUAUGGUAUCAGGGCAGAUUUGGGGGUUGCCAGUGGAAUGGCAUACAUCUUCAUUUCAUUUCACUUCAGGCUCAGCUUGUUGUAGGUUGAAGCAAUGUCUCUACCAUAUUCUUGUACAUGUAUAAAAACAUUAAAAGGAAUGAAAAAAGCAUGCCCCAUCCUACCUAAAAUAUUUUCGUUUUAGACACAUGCACUAAUAAUAAGAUCUUCA